UUGGUAGGGUUAGUUUCUGUGAUUCUCCAGAGAGCCAAACAGGAUUGCAUCUUGAGACAUCACAUCCUGUUUUUAUCCUCUUAUUCGCUUGUUCGAUGUGCAAGGCUCGGGUGGCUCUUACGAAACUUACUCCGAUAAACCACACUGAGUAGUGUUUGCUUAGACUAGAAGUACAGUUGGCAUUGCUUUGAGGUGCGAGUGCUGUAAGUCUUGUAGAAGAUGGGUCGCAUGCGGCAGCAGCCAUAUCUGCUGCUUGCCAUUUGUUUAUCACUGUGGAGCUCUGCAGGAGCACAGAUUGUCAGCUGGUUAAGCAACAAUGUUGGCAGUGUCAAUGGAGGAACAAGAUUGACCAUACAAGGGGAAGGUUUUGCCAGUCAGUUCAGUUUAAAUGCAGAUGACCCAAACGUUGGCAACAGUGUGACUCUGGUGUCUCAGAUGAGAUCGAUUCCCUGUGAUGUUGAAAAAGACUCCAGUCACUCUAAACAGAUCGUGUGCUAUACAAGAGCUAUGCCAGAAGAAAACUACCAGGUGUGGGUUAGUGUUGAUGGUGUGCCAUUUCCCCCACAAUUCUGCUAUUACUGGAAUUGCUUGUUCUGUAGUAGAUUGUACUACACUCCCACCAUUCAAAGUCUUAGCCCACUGUCCGGUCUCCCAGGAACUGUUGUGACAAUGCGAGGAGAAAUUAUGACUGAUGUGUAUGGAAGCAGUACAGACAGAAGAUUAAAUAGAGAGAAUGUGAGAUUCUUGAGGGCAUACAUGGGUGGAAUGCCUUGUGAACUACUGAAACCUGAUUCAAAUGAAAAGUACGGCCUAAAAUUGGAAUAUGAGGGUUCCAGAUGGGGAUACAUGAGUUGCAAAAUGACAGGAACCUAUGUUGGUCAUCAUAAUCUCAGUUAUAUUCUGGAUGGUGCAUAUGGGAGGAGUCUCCCAGAUCUUGAGCUUUUAAGGGUUUCAGCGUUGAACAAGCUUGCCAUGUUCCAGACAUACGCAGAGGUGACAGGAGUUUUUCCAUCUGAGGGCAGUGUGUUGGGCGACACAUCAUUGACCAUUCAGGGACGCUACUUUGAUGAGACUGAUAGUAAAGCAGUGGUUUUAGUAGGAGGUGAAGCAUGCCAGAUUCAAACUAUAUCAGAUAAGAAGAUAGUCUGUGUGACCCCUGGUUAUGAAAAGACCAACAUGACCGUGUUUCCAGGCAGCAGAGGAUUAAAAAUGGAGAUGUGGAAUGACAGUAAUCCCGUCUAUCUAGAAGAUGUUUUGAACUAUAAUGCCAGCAUGUCAGGUUAUUCUGUACAGUGGGUGGAUUCCCUGUCAUAUGUGUGGCCUGUUAAAACAAAUAACUUUGUGGCUCGAUUGAGUGGUUUUUUUGUUCCAAUGGAAACUGAUAACUACUAUUUCCAAAUCAGAGGACAAGAUCAAUGCAUGCUUUAUUUCAGCAAGACAGGUCUUCCACAGGAUAAAGUCAGGAUUGUAUCUGGCACUAUAUACAGCGUAUGGAGGUCAGAGGUCAUGCGGUUAGAAAAAGGAAAACUGUACUACAUUGAGGUUCUAGUGCAGAAACAUUAUUAUGAUUAUUAUUAUUAUCAAGCUUCAGUUGAUGUGUCAUUUUUCAAAGACAUCAGUCCUUUCACGGACCAGCAGACUUCAGAAGCCAUCCAUGAGAAACAGCAGAUAAAUGCUUUCUAUGACAUUUUUCCAGAGAAACAGGUGAUUCAUCUCGAGGGUUGGGCUUGGGCACCAGUAAGUGCCAUCCAAGAGGUGCAAACCUUGAGAAUUAGCAGUGACUGCUUUUCUCUGAGCAUCUGUGAAAACACGUAUUACAUCCUGGCAUACGGAGAUCAGAAAACAGGGCUGAUUCCAGUCAGUGCAUCAGCGUUGGAGUUACAGAACAUUCUGAAUGAUUUGUGGACGAUUAAACCAGACAAUGUUACAGUCACAAAGCAGGAACUGAGCACAGAGUCACUUUACAAUGUGACAUUCAACUCAAACAGAGGUGACUUUGAGGAUCUUCAGUAUUGGACCAUGGAGACAGAUGUAAACAUCACAGUUACUGAAGAAGUAAAAGGGAAGGCCAGUCUGGAGAGUUUCACACUGAUGUGGGAUGGAGUUCCUUCUUCUCCUUUGCCGUAUGAUGCAUCUGAGACUGAGGUGCUGGAUGCAAUAAAUGGGAUGCUCUUUGCUAAAUGUCCAUCUCAGAUUCCAACCACUGAAAAUGUCAAUGUGAUAUUUUUCAGAGAUUAUGAGGAUAACAGAUUUUUAGACUCAGAGGUCACACAUUUUGAAGCGUUCUGUGGCCGCUCGUCUGCAAAGAACCCAGGGACUAUAUUUUACUACUAUGACACAUCCUACAUCCCAGUGCCACUACAGACAUACAAUAUUCUCUGCUUGGCCUACAAAGGCCAUCUGAUGAAUAAACUUGAAGUGUACUUCAGUCACUACAACAAUGCAGGUUAUAACCAAGCGGAAACUACACAAAUCUCUGUGCAGUUUGACUCAACGGAAGAGUGGAAAUACACGUGUGUGGAUCUCCUAGAUUCCAUUCAGCAAACCUAUAUAGGCACCAACUACAAUCUGUAUAGGCUGAGUUUGUACGGAGCGAGUGAUAACUCAGUUUACUACAUAGACACUGUUCACAUUGGACGAGCAUCAACUGCUUUAGAUCCUAAUGUUAUAAUGCGAAGUAGACGCCGACCUGCUUUUGGCAGCUCAGGACCUAUCUUUUCUGUCAUUUAUGUCAACAAACAAACAAACGGUCUUCAAAUCAGCUAUGAGAUCACAGCAUGGCCAAACAACUGUGGCUUUGGCAUCCCAUUGUUUGAAGUUGGCUUUCUGCAGAAAAUGCCCAACAGCACAGAAGAUCUAAUGAUUCAACGCCAGGAGAAUGCCACAGUCACCAUUAACCGCCUUUACAAAGCCAGCCCCCCUCUUACUGGAACCUUUGAUGUUUUAAUUUUCGGUCAACGUGUUGAGGGCCUGCCAAUAGACAUCAGUGCUGCGGAUCUGAAGUACGCCCUACAGAGGAUUCCAGAGCUCGGUCAGCUGGAUGUGGAGAGAUCUGGAGAUUGCAGAGGUUACAGAUGGGACAUCCGGUGGCUUUCCAUCGCUGGCAAUCAGCCACUGUUAGAGAUUAAUUCUUCUGCUGUGGUUGGAGUGAAUCCUUCUAUGACAUCUCAUGAGGUUCAGCAAGGAGGACUCUUCAAACAGAAAAUUAUGGGAGACUAUCUGCGCACCCCAACAGAUAAACCACAGGUGGAGGUUUUCAUCAACGGCAUUCCAUCAUGGUGUUCGGGUGACUGUGGUUUCACCUGGAGUGAAUCUAAGACACCAACAGUGACAGGAAUUUCUCCUGAAAAAGGUUCUAGUGGUUUGCCAACUAUUCUGAACAUAACUGGAUCUGGAUUUGAUGGUGGCAACGUCACUGUAAAGACUGGUGAUGUGGAAUGCUCUGUCCAAGAGGUCACCAACAGCUAUAUAACCUGCAGAGUUGGCCCAGCAAGUGCUGGUAUGCAACCAGUGUCUCUGAGUUUAUCUGGGCUGGGCAAUGCCCGAUACGAGAAUGGCAACAGUUUUAACUUCACACAUCUGAUAGGAGUGACCUCCAUAUACCCCACUACAGGGAGCACCGCAGGAGGGGCGAUUCUGACUGUGUUUGGUUAUGGAUUCAGUAUUAAUACAGCAGUCACCAUUGGCACGCAAUCUUGUAAUGUUACUGAAGCAGAAUUUAGCCAGCUGAGAUGCAUAGUUCCUGCUGGUUCAGCAGGUGAACAGACAUUAACACUGACCAUGGGAGAGAUAACAGCAUCUUUAACCAACUCCUUCACAUACAACAACACUCUGAUGGCCACCAUCACUGCUGUCAGCCCAGAAACUACAACAGUAUUUGGUCUCAGAGUUCUCACCAUCUUGGGCAGAAAUUUUGCGGUGCAGGUCAAUGGCAGCUCUGUUCUUAUUGGUGAGACAGAGUGUGAAUUGUUGCAGUGGACCAAUGAAAACAUUAUCUGCAUGUUACCCACACUCGGCCCAGCUGUAUACGACAUCCGUGUGAGAGUCGGGAACCAGGGCUACGCCUUAAUCAGUGCUGGUGUUAGUAGCACCAUAGAGUAUGUUCUGAAGGUGACAGGUUUCUCUCCACCGCUGGGCUCCUUGUAUGGAGGAACCACCAUCACCAUCACCGGCUCUGGGUUUAGCUCAGUCCCAACAGACAACAAUGUGACUUUGGGAGACACACAAUGCCAAAUAACAGACGCUUCAGAACAUCAGCUGAUGUGUGUAACGCAGCAUACAGAAAAAAUAUAUACAGUGACAAACCAAGGUUUUCACCACGUGUAUGGUCAAGGUUAUGCCUGGAGUCCCUCUGCACUUCUAGUCUCAGUGGGAGAUACAGUGGUUUGGAGCUGGGAAGCACCUGCUUUUGUUUCUGAUGUGGGCUACAGGGUCUUCAGUGUGUCCAGUCCCAGCAGUACUGAUUAUGAUGGCAUUGUUUUCAACAGUGGAGACACCAAAACCACCAGAGGGUUCUUUGCUUAUCGUUUCACAUCUCCUGGAGUUUAUUACUAUAGCAGUGGUUUCGUUGACUACUAUAAAUGGAUAACCCUACAGGGUGUAGUCACUGUUAGGCCUCUGGAGGAGAAAACUGUUGAGCUUCAGGUGUCUGUAGCUGGAAUAAAAGCAUCUGUAAAUUCAGCUUCAAGACAAAUAAACUCAUCUGAUUCUGAGUGUGUGGCCACAUCUGACUGUGUCCAAGAUCAGCUGCAGACUUCUGAUGGUCUGACCUUCAGUUUUACUUCCUGUGCCAGUCCCACUGUAGAAAAAAUUACUCCUGACCACGGAACCACACAUGACAUCAUCAACAUCCUGGGAUCUGGCUUCAGCAGCACUUCCUGUGCAAAUGAGGUCAGAGUUGGAGAUAACCUGUGUCAAAUCAUCAGCAGCACAUCCACUGAGAUUAACUGCAGACUCAGUCCUGACAGUGGUUCUCCAGUGGGCAUCCCCCUACCCGUAACCGUCCGGGUCAACAACCUGGGUACAGCCAUCAUGAGAAUGCCAAAAGAGUACGACCGCAGAUUUGUGGUUCUACCUGUGGUUGAUUCUGUCUCUCCCUCUGUGGGAAGUACGACCGGCCACACACGUCUCUUCAUCUCAGGUUCUGGUUUCUUGAAUGCAUCUGUUAUGGUAGCAAACGCUCCAUGUGACGUGGUUUUCAUGAACUACUCUCAUAUAAUGUGCGACACCUCGCCAUCUCAGGCUCGAAGGGGAAGUGUUGCAGUUAACAUUAACACAAUCUCUUCAUCUUGCAGUUCUGAUUGCAUGUUUCAGUAUUAUGGAUCUAUUGCACCAGUUGUCUUUAUCGUUUCACCUGACUCUGUUACUGGAAACUCUACUACUGUUUUAAUCACCGGAAGAGGCUUUGGGAACAAUACAGCUGAUCUGAGAGUAUCUGCAGAUGACAUUACACUACAAGUCACAGAGGUUACAGAUAGCAGCAUCACACUUUUGGUUGGUGCCCUUCGAGCUGGUGAACAUCUUUUAAAGGUAGUUGUCAUGAGCAAAGGUGUUGCCAAAGGAAUCGUCACACUGACCAGCACAACGCAGGCCACCAUUCAACCAACAUCAGGAGGCAUUGGUGGAGGAACUCCACUGUUGAUUGAAGGAAAUGGCUUUGUGGAAGGAAACACCACUGUGAUGUUUGAUGGUAACCUCCCCUGCUUAAUUUUGGAAGUGACCACGGACAGAGUAAAAUGUAUGACACCUCCUCAUCCCGAGGGACUGGUGCAGGUGGAUAUUUGGGUGUUUAACGUUCAGUACCCAAGUCAAAGUUUUAUCUACUCCAUUGAACAAACUCCAGACAUCACCUCAGUGAGCCCUGUAACAGGUCCUGUAGGAACAGAGAUCACUGUGUCUGGUUCAGGGUUUGGCACAGAUGCAGCGCUCAUCUCAGUGGAGAUUGAUGGUGUGGAUUGUGAUGUGACAUCCAUCACAGACACACAGUUGCUUUGCACUGUUGGGGAACACGCAGGAGGAACGUUUCCGGUUACAUUAUACCAUCAGAUUAAAGGUCAUGCCUUGACACAGUCUGUCUUUGGCUAUGAACUGCUGCUGAUAGGUGUCACACCAAAUGAAGGAAGCUAUGCUGGAGGAGCUGUUGUUGAGAUUCAAGGUUUUGGAUUCGACCCAAACUUCACCAGAGUCCUCAUCUGUAACAGAGAGUGUAACGUAAACGUGCAGACAUCCACAUCUACCCAACUGUACUGUGAAGUCCCGUACAACAAUGGAAAUGAAACAGAUCAGGUCUGUGAGGUUGAAGUGAUGAAUGGAGAUAACAGAGUCAACCUUACAGCCGGCUACACAUACAGAUCCUCUUUGACCCCUGUUAUCAGUGAUGUCACACCACGCAGAGGGGGAACAGCCGGAGGCACCAGACUCACCAUCACUGGAUCAGCCUUCAGUGCCAGUGAAGUUACUGUGACUAUUGCAGGAUCUGUUUGUGAUGUUGAGUUAGCCAAUGAGACACAGAUUAUCUGUGUGACCAAUGCUCAACCAAAAUCUCAAGAAACUAAAGUUCGAGUCUUGAUAGGAAACAGAGGAAUCGCCAGAAUGGAUCAUGCUGAUUUCUUCUACAUUGAUGUAUGGUCAUCUCCUUAUACAUGGGGUGGAGACUCACCUCCUGAGAAAGGCACAUUUGCUGUAAUCACUGCUGGUCAAACCAUUUUACUGGACACCAGCACCCCUGUCCUAAAGAUGCUCCUCAUCCAAGGUGGACGGCUGAUUUUUGAUGAGGCAGAUAUUGAGCUACAGGCAGAAAACAUUCUGAUCACAGAUGGUGGAGCUUUACAGAUCGGGACAGAGCAGCAGCCCUUCCAGCAUAAGGCCAUCAUUACACUGCAUGGACACCUGAGGUCUAAAGAACUUCCUGUCUAUGGUGCCAAGACCCUGGCUGUCAGAGAGGGAGUGCUGGAUCUGCAUGGAAUCCCAGUACCUGUACCGUGGACUCGUCUUUCCCAGACUGCACAGAAUGGCUCCAGUACUCUCACACUGAUGGAUGCUGUCACCUGGAAGAUUGGAGAUGAAAUUGUUAUUGCUUCAACAGGGGACAGUCAUAGCCAAAGAGAGAAUGAGUUGAGGAGAAUUGCCUUGGUUUCGACUGAUGGCAGGACCCUCACACUGACCGAACCCCUGACCUACACUCAUCUGGGUGUGUCUGUUACUCUGCCUGAUGGGACUGUUUUUGAAGCAAGAGCAGAGGUGGGACUUCUUACCAGAAACAUUGUUGUCCGUGGAUCCAACAACCAGGAGUGGAAUGAUUCGAUACCAGCUUGCCCUGAUGGCUUUAACACAGGGGAAUUUGCAGUGCAGACAUGUUACCAGGGGAGAUUUGGAGAAGAAGUUGGAAGUGAUGAGUUUGGUGGUUGCAUCAUGAUUCACGCACCACAACCUGACCAGAACCUGGCAAUUGGCAGAAUUGAAUAUGUUGAGGUUUAUCAUGCUGGACAGGGGUUCCGUCUAGGGCGAUACCCGAUCCACUGGCAUCUAAUGGGUGAUGUUCAGUAUAAGUCAUAUGUGCGCGGCUGUGCCAUCCAUCAAUCUUACAACCGUGCUGUGAGCAUCUACAAAACCCACAACCUGCUGGUGGAACACAACGUCAUCUACGAUAUUAAGGGUGGUGCUUUCUUUAUUGAAGAUGGCAUUGAGACCGGAAACAUCUUGCAGUACAAUUUAGCCGUAUUUGUCAGACAGAGCACAAGUUUGCUAAAUGAUGAUGUGAAUCCAGCUGCAUACUGGGUAACCAACCCAAACAACACCAUUAGACAUAAUGCAGCGGCUGGUGGGACGCACUUCGGUUUCUGGUACCACAUGGAUAAUUGUCCUUAUGGAUCUCCAUCAUAUGAUUCCAACAUCUGUCCGAAAAAAAUACCACUUUUAGAGUUUUUCAAUAACACCGUGCAUUCACAGGGCUGGUAUGGAUUGUGGAUUCUCCCAGAAUAUUUUCCUAUGCAGAAUGAUAACAGCUACUACAGAAUGCCAAUACCAGCAGCAGUUGUCUUCCGCCGCCUGAUCUCCUGGAACAAUGAGAAAGGUGCUGAGUGCGUGAAUGUUGGAGCUGUGCAGUUCAGUGAGUUCCUCAUGGUCAAUAAUGAAAAAGCAGGAGUGGAGACCAAGAGGAUCAAAUGGGACUAUGUCAGUGGAUGGGGGCUGGAAGGAGGUGCAGCUGUGGUCAACAGCACAUUUGUGGGUCAUGUGGAAGAACUGGGUCUGGGAAAUGAUUACUGCACCACGCAUGGUGUUGUUCUGCCUUUGGAUGAUGGUAUGAGUGUCAUCAACACCACAUUUGUGAACUUCAACCAGUCAACAUGCGCAGCUGUCGGGGUGGCAGAAAUCAUUGGAACCUGCACGUUCCGCUGUGGAGGAUGGAGCGCAAGGUUUAGUGGGAUCCAAUACUAUCAGUCCCCCAAUAAGGCCAGGUUCAGAUGGGAGCAUGAAGUGGUACUUGUAGAUACUGAUGGAUCCCUGACAGGCAGGAUUAACUCUAAGGUGGUGUCGAUGAGUAACCUGCUCGACCCAAGUCACUGCUCUCAAGUAGCAGAUUGGAGUGUUGGUGUACCUGGAGCAGUUUGUGACAACACCACUAACUUUCAUCGGCUGGUUAUAUACAAUCCCAACCCAUAUUCAUUUCAGUAUAACAAUGUGACUCUCACCAACUCUUUUGGGUCUUGUGUGCUACCUUUUAUUCAAAUCCUUGUGACCGACUAUAAUGGCUGGAUGGCACUGGUGCCUACAGGCCAAACCUAUAACUGGUAUUUUGAGUAUGAUUACCAAAUCACCAGCAUGUCAUAUCAUGGCAUAAUCUACGGCUUUAAGCCAGAAGAUUAUAUUAUUAUAAAUCACAACUUUACUCAAGCGCCUGAUGCGUUCCACAUUAUAGAUGACAGAAAAGGUGUCUCAAAGCCCCUCGACCCUACUGUGAAUGUAAAUGGCGACUGGUACUUCAAUGAGUCUUCUAAAAAUGUCUAUUACAUGGUGUCUGGAAGAGACAAUGCAGGUAGCCGAAGGAGGAGGAACAGUGUGGACCGGUCGAUUAUAGACAGAUAUAUAUACUUCUAUUCAUAUCAGUGUUACUAUCCGAAGUGUAUCGCACCAACACAACCUCCACAGCUUCCAACUUCUACAACUUCUACAACUGCAUCUGGUCACGCUGGUCCAUUUGUUCCACCUGAUCCACCUGGUCUACCUGUUUCUGUUCCAUCAGACAAUUCAACUUCUUUGUACAAGCCUGAAGCCUUUAAUGGAUGUACUCCCUGGUCAAAUACAUUAUUUUGGAGGUCAAGCCCAGAAAACAACUAUGCUGUACCACAAACAGACUCUGAUGUGGUCAUUCCAUUAGGGACAUGUGUGGUUGUAGAUAUUCAAAUUCCUUCACUGAACAAGCUGACAAUAUUUGGUAUUCUGGAGAUUCCAGACACAAAUAAUGGCACCGCAAACAUCGGUGGCUCACAAUAUAACAACAUUGUUCUUGAAGUCACAUACAUCUCCAUUCAGGGUGGCCAUCUGAUUGCUGGACGAGCUGAUCAACCCUUCAGAGGUGAACUACAGAUCAUACUGAAAGGAAACCAUCUCACACCAGAUUGGCAGUUGCCUGGAAUAAACCAAGGGUCUAAAGUGCUGGGUGUGUUUGGAUCUCUUGAUCUGUAUGGCAUGCCACACAAUGUAUAUCACACUAAGCUGGCCAACACAGUCCAAGCUGGAAACAACGCUCUCUCUCUGGAGGAAACUGUUGACUGGAAGGUUGGAGAUCAGAUUCUGCUGUCCACCACCAGUUAUGACCCAUGGCAGACAGAAAUCCGCACCAUAACUGCAGUCUCAGAUGAUGGCCGCACACUGAUCCUGGACCAGCCUUUAUCAUACACACACACUGGACAAAGGUACAUUGUGCCAGGAUCUUCUAGAAGCUAUCAGCUUGCAGGGGAUGUGGGUCUGCUGACCAGAAACAUCAAGAUCGUUGGACAGGAGUAUCCAGCCAUGAACACACAGUCUUAUGGAGCAAGAGUACUGGUGGCCACUGUCCCAAGAGGAGAAUUUCAUUACAGAGGAAGAGCUCAAAUCAGAAAUGUUGAGUUCUACCACACAGGACAGGAGGGAUGGACCGACCCAUCAGAUCCACGUUACUCUCUGGCGUUUUUGAACCUGGGAAAUGUGGCUGGUGAGUCCUACAUCAAGGGAUGUGCUUUCCAUGAUGGCUUUGCUCCUGCUAUUGGGGUGUUUGGAACAGAUGGACUCAAUAUUGAUGACAACGUGAUCCAUCACACUGUUGGAGAAGGAAUCAGAAUAUGGGGCGAUAACAGUGCUGUCCGGAGAAACUUGGUCACUAUGACACUGUGGCCAGGAUCCUACAAUGAUGCAAUGGAGACUUUAAACACUGAAUGGAAUGCAGCUAUUGAGGUUAAUGAAGCAACCAAUGUGAUUAUUCAAGGGAAUAUUGUUGCUGGUUAUGAACGAGUGGGAUUCAGAAUUGAUGGAGAACCUUGCCCAGAAUCAGAUUCAGUAGCCCGGUGGAGUCAGAAUGAAGCACAUGGUGGUCUGUAUGGAGUCUACAUGAAUAAAGACGGACUUGCUGGUUGCUCUCAAAUCCAGGGGUUCACCGUUUGGAAGAAUUUUGAUUUUGGCCUUUACGUACAAGUAUCUAUGAAUGUGUACAUCUCUAAUGUGACUUUAGUUGAUAAUGGUAUGGGCAUCAUGCCUAUAAUCUACAGUCCUCCAUCUAUUAGCCACGAAUACGCUGAAAAAUCCGUCCAUGUACAGGAGUCUCUGAUUGUGGGCAGCAGCCCUGAUUUUAACUGUUUGGACAAACUGGCAACCAGUGAGACCUAUGUUGCACUCAGCAAAAGCCACAGGGCUCCACGACCCCCUAAAGGUGGCAGGUCUGGAAUUUGCUGGCCGACGUUUGAAUCUGAUCACAACCAAGCACCACAGAAACCUCACCCUGGACUCACGAGCUACAACGCCAUAGCCGGUUUACUGACGGUCUCUGAUACAACAUUUGUUGGGUUCAGAAAUGUGUGUUCCACUGAAAGAAAUUACAUGUUCAUGACCAACCCAGGAAAUGAGGACCUACAACAUCCAAUCAGUGUUGAGAGGAUCUCUAAGAUAGACAGCACUGAAGAAUCUCUAGCGUUCAUUCAUAACCCUGAUCUCAGUAAAGUGAACCCAUCCGACUGUGUGGACAUGGACUGUGAUGCUAAGAAGAAGACUCUGUUGAAGGAUCUGGAUGGAAGUUUCUUGGGUGCAGUAGGAGCAGUGGUGCCGUAUUCAGAGUACGAGUGGAACGGAGACCCGCGGCAUGGAUUGGGUGAUUACCGCAUCCCUAAAGUCAUGCUCACUGCUCUCAACGGCAGCCGCAUACCUGUCAAUCAAAUAGCUCCUAAUAAAGGUGUGAUCAGAGACUCUUGUACAUACAUGAACACCUGGCAGAGCUACAAGUGCUUUGGACUCAAUUAUCAGAUGCUGGUUAUUGAAAGUAUGGACGCAGACACAGAAACAAGACGUCUUUCACCUGUGGCCAUCCUGGGGGACAAAUAUGUAGAUUUACUGAAUGGCCCACAAGACCACAGCUGGUGUACAGGCUACGCCUGUAAGAAGAGAGUCUCUAUGUUUCAUAGCAUUGUGGCCACCAAUAAGUCCUUUGAAAUCUAUUUCACCAGCACAACACCACAGAAGCUGAGACUGAUGAUGCUCAACGCUAAAACUACAGAGGCUGUUAGGGUGGCUAUAUUUUACUCAAACCCUCAGCGGUUAGACGUGUAUUUAAACGACAAUUUAGUCGCUCCAACUAAUGCUCAGUGGAAUCCAGACACCAAAGAUUACACACAGCUUGAGCCGACAUAUCCAGGUGAAUAUCUUCCAAGUUUUGACUCUGAUCACGGUUCGAACUUCUUUGACCCAGACUACAAUAUGUUGUACAUACUUCUCCGUGGCUCACAACCGGUCCAGAUCCGCACUUCCGCGGUUCUUUUCGUGGCCUUCAAUCUCCCGGCCAUGACUGAGGCAGAGUUCUUUGGACCUAAUCUGGUCAGAAAUCUGGCUGCAUUCCUCAGAGUACCACCGAAUAUGAUUCGAAUCACCAAGAUCAUCCGUGAGGGCAGCAGUGCACGAAGACGACGUGCGACUGGACUGACGGUGGAGAUUCAGAUCAGUCAGCCACCCAUACAGACCAUCAGCACCGACAACACAAACACUAUCGACAACACCACCAGCACCACCACUGAUGACCAGCAGUUUUCGGUUCUGAGGAAUGCUGCUGAUGAACUGGGUCGUGCUGCUGUAUCAGGCGAUCUGAGUCAAUCCAUCGGCUUCAGUGUGUCUUCCCUGGACAUGAUCACCCCUCCACCCCCUUCCAGUGACCCAUCCUGGAGUCAAGUGGCCACUCAGGAGGUGACUCGUGAAGACCCCCAGGUGUUGUCAGUCAGCACAGUGUCUUCACUGAUAAUUGUGGUCCAACCGGUGGCUGCGUGGUACCCUGGACCCCUCAGUGUGCAGCCCAGCAUCAUGGCUGUGGAUGCAGAGGGUAACUGUGUGUCUGUGGGUGUGACGAGUUUAACAAUCUCAGCUGUACUCAAAGAUGCUUAUGGGAAUCCAGCAGAGGGACUUUCGGGAAACACCACCAUCCUGUUCAGUGGCUGCUGGGCAAAUUACACAGACCUCAGCAUCUUAAACACUGGUGUGAACCUGAAAUUGGCAUUUAGUCUGAAUGAAUGGAAUGCUGAGUCGAGAUCCUUUACUGUCAGAGAGGGGACCACUCCUGCUCAACCCCCAGCUACAACUCCUGGCCAACCCCCAGCUACAACUCCUGCUCAACCCCCAGCUACAACUCCUGCACCUGUGGUUGUCACCACAGACUUUCCAUGCAUCUUUGACUCCAGUCCGUCAAUCUCAUCACCAUCUGUGUGUCUGCUCGUGCUUUUAACUGCUCUACUCCUCCUGUUCAGAGAAACCUAGAAACUGAACCAAACAAUGUAAAAACUACAAUGUGCCUUCUCUGUCCAUCAUUAUAAAUACAUGAUUAUUGUGGAUUUAUUUCUGUUGCUUUCUCAUAAUUCAAAUAUGUAUCCUUCAUUUCUAUAUUAUCCAUAUUAAGUGUGAAAAAAAUUCUAAUGAUUACUGCAGAACAAUACAUAUAUUACUUAAAAUACAUAUAUAUUAAAAAAGUAAGAUAUUUUUGAAUUUUUCAGUAAAUAAUCCUAUUGCUUUACUUUGAACUAUAAAGGCUUCUGUCAUCAUUAAACAUCAACUUGAG